AUGGCAUCAAUCUCGCGCGCAUCGCGCAUUCGCAACCCCGCGCUAUUCAUCUGCGAUAUCCAAGAGAAAUUCCGCGGAAUCUACGAGUUCCCCAAACUCAUCUCAACAACCCAAAAACUGCUCAAAGCAGCAACGGCGCUCCAAAUCCCAGUCUACGUAACGACCCAAAACAGAUCCAAACUUGGCAACACAGUGGCAGAGCUGCAGCCACACCUAACGGGCGCGAACAUCCGCGCCGACGUGGACAAGACGCUUUUCUCGAUGAUCACUCCUGAGAUCUCGAACUUGCUUCCGCAGACAGGUUCCGGCUCUGGCUCCGGCUCCGGCUCCGGGCAUGCAAGUCAGGCGUUGGAUGUGAUUAUCGUUGGGAUAGAGACUCAUAUCUGUGUGACGCAGACCACGCUUGAUUUGUUGGAGCGCGGACAUCGGGUGUAUGUUCUUGUGGAUGGUGUUAGUAGUAUGAAUUCUGAGGAGAGGGGGAUUGCUUUGGCUAGGCUGAGAGAUGCGGGGGCUAUCAUUACGAGUAGUGAGAGUAUUCUUUUUGAGAUUAUUGGGGAUGCUGGGCAUGAGCAUUUUAGGGCUGUGAGUGGGUUGGUGAAGGAGAGUAAGGAGGAGACUAAGGGGGCUCUUGGGGCUUUUUCGAAAAUUUAG